UCCCCACCUCCGGGCGGGCAGGAGCGGCGCGAAUGGCCCCGGCUCUCCCGGCAGAGGGACAGCCUGGCUGCCUGGGCUGAGCGAGCAUCGGGGGAGCGCCGGCAGCGAGGGCUGACAGCAUGACGGGGAGCAGCCAGCCCGACGUGGCCCGGAGCAGGCUCUGCAGGAGCCCCUUUCUCAGCAUCAAGUUCUUUGUGUUCUGCCACGGGCUGCUGCAGCUCUCCCAGCUCCUGGUCUCCGGCUACCUGAAGAGCUCCAUCUCCACCAUCGAGCGCCGCUACGGCCUCUCCAGCCAGACCUCGGGGCUGCUGGCCUCCUUCAACGAGGUCGGGAACACGCUGCUGAUCGUCUUUGUCAGCUACCUGGGCAGCCGCGUGCACCGGCCGCGCCUCAUCGGCUGCGGGGCCCUGCUGGUGUCCCUGGCCGGCUUCCUCAUGGCCCUGCCACACUUCCUCACGGGCCCCUACGAGUACGACCACUCCGUGGCCAGCACCUUCAGCAACACCACGGACCUGUGCCAGCCUGGGGCCCCGGCGGCUGGGGCCAACCUGAGCGAUGCCAGCUGCCCUCCCCACGGCUCCAGGGAGAACCAGGAGGUGCUGCUGGUGAUGUUCGUGGCCCAGGCCCUGCUGGGCAUCGGCGGCGUGCCCAUCCAGCCCUUCGGCAUCUCCUACAUCGACGACUUCGCCAGCCACAGGAACUCCCCCCUCUACCUGGGAAUCCUGUUCUCCCUGACAGUCGUGGGGCCGGGGGUGGCCUUCAUGCUGGGCUCUGCCAUGCUGAGGUUCUACGUGGACAUCGACAAAGUCAGCUCAGCUGAGGUGCAGCUCACCAACAAGGACCCACGCUGGGUGGGGGCCUGGUGGCUCGGGUUCCUGGUGGCUGCCAGCCUGGUGGCCCUGUGUGCCCUGCCAUACUUCUUCUUCCCACGGGAAAUGCCAAAAGAGGUGGUGAGAGGGAAGGACAGAGGCAGCAAGAAGAGGGAGGACGUGCUGAGCCAGCUCAGGCCGAGGUCCCAGCACACGGAGAGCCUCUCCCUGAUGGAGUUCAUCAGACGUUUCCCCGUGGUGCUGCUGAGGAACCUGCGGCACCCCGUGUACCUGCUGGUGGUGCUGGCUCAGGUCAACAUCUCUGCCAUGGUGGCUGGCUUGGCAACCUUCAUGGGCAAGUUCCUGGAGAGGCAGUUCUCCCUCACAGCCUCCCUGGCCAACAUGAUCAUUGGUGCUGUGAACAUCCCCGGGGCCAUGGUGGGGAUCGUGGUGGGCGGUGCCAUCCUGAAGCGGUUCCAGAUGUCGCUGAGGCAGUGCAGUGCCCUGUGUGUGCUGGGCAUGCUGCUCUGCCUGCUCACCGCCUUCCCCCUGCUCUUCCUGGGCUGCCCCACGCAGAAGGUGGCCGGUGUCACCCACUGGGACAGCUCUGGCUUUGGCCACCACGCCAUGGCGUGCAACGCGCGGUGCCGCUGCCCCGAGCGCGGCUUCAACCCCGUCUGCGGCUCCGACGGCGUGGAGUACACGUCCCCCUGCUCUGCUGGCUGCAGCAGCCUGGCCCUGCGCCCCGACGGCUCCAUCCUGAACUACACGGGCUGCAGCUGCGUCAGGGCAGCGGGAGCGCCGGGCGCUGCCAGGCCGGGCCCCUGCGGCACCGGCUGCUCCCACCUCUUCGUGCCCUUCGUGGUGCUCUCCUGCCUGGCUGGCAUCCUGGCCAGCACCUCCCACACGCCCUCCUUCAUGCUCAUCCUCAGGAGCAUCCAGCCUGAAGACAAAUCAUUUGCUGUUGGCAUACAGUUCAUGCUGCUGAGAGUUUUAGCGUGGAUGCCGGGCCCGGUGCUGUACGGCAGCGCCAUCGACACCAGCUGCGUGCUGUGGGAGAGGCGGUGCGAGCGCAGGGCAGCCUGCAGAUACUACGACAAUACCCUCUUCAGGCACAGGUACCUGGGGCUGCAGUUCUUCUUCGAGGUGGGCGCCUUCCUGUGCUUCGUGACCGUGUAUGUGAUCCUCAGGAAGCAGGAGAGGGAAGCCAGCCAGGCAGAGGAGACAAAGGCAGAGCCAGAGAAGGAGAAACUGGCGGGAAAGUCCACAAAGAGCCCGGAAUCCAAAGUGUGACAGCGAAAUGUGGGAGGUGAAUCAGCCCACAGCCGAGCUGUGCAGAGUGGAUGCUUGGAGUGAUGGACCCAGGGCUGCUUCCUGCUGUCCUGGCUGGGAUGGACUCUGCCUGCACUGCAUGGAUCCCUCCACAUGUUGUUCUCCUCCUCGGGAGUACAGCUUGCUCCUUCACAUGGAUUAGUCCUCACUCUUUAGCCCGUGGACUCUGCAGCCUCCUGGUUUUGUGUCCUACAAAGCAGUUUUUCCUGCUGACUGUCUCGGUGGUGCCAGCACUGAGCAGAAACCAUAAAC